AUGAUUGGCUUGGCUGUACUUCAAAACCUUCUAUAUUUGUAUGGCUUCUAUAUGACAGCUGAUGAGAGGUCGUUGCUUGUAUAUCUGUACAUGCCAAAAGGCAGUGUUGUUGACCGCCUGAGAGGUUUGUCUUAUUUUGCUCGUUCAAACUCUACUAUUAGUUCAUUUGGGCAAAUAAUUCAUAGUGAUGUUAAAGCUGCAAACAUUUUACUUGAUGAAGGUUUUGAAGCUGUAUUUGGAGAUUUUGGUCUUGCUAAGCUGUUGGAUCUUAGAGCUUCACAUGUCACUACUGUAAUGCAGGGGACUAUAGGACACAUUGCACCUGAGUAUCUUUCAACUGGGAAAUCGUCCGAUAAAACUGAUGUUUUUGGAUUUGGCAUUCUACUUUUGGAACUCAUAACAGGCAAAAGGCAUUACGCCCUGGGAAUGGUCAGGUUCAGAAGGGAUUAA